UUUACUUGCCAGUAAACCACAGAAGAAGACUACAUCUCCACAUGUAAACAAGAGCCUCUUGUUUACAAACGUCGAAGACGUGUUUCACUCUUGGAUCCGUUUCGAAACAUGGAUCCCAAUAUCCGCUGCUGGACUGUGAGAACGCCGGUCCACGUGGCGGCGGCGAUUGGUCAGGCUUCCCUUUUGCAGCAGCUCAUCGAUCGCGGCGCUUCCGUCAACAUCGUGGCGGAGGACUCCAUCACACCCCUGCACGAGGCCUGCGCCCGGGGUCACACCCAGUGCGUCCGGCUACUUCUGGAUGCCGGUGCACAGGUGGAUGCGAGAAACGUGGAUGGCAGCACCCCGCUGUGUGACGCCUGCUCUGUGGGUAGUUUGGAGUGCGUGACGCUCUUGCUGGAACGAGGCGCCAAAGCCAAUCCUGCCCUCACCUCUCGUACUGCCUCACCGCUCCACGAAGCCUGUAUGGGAGGCAAGUGGUUUUCACGAUACGACUCCAAGAUGCUUCCUCAAAUAGACACACAUAACAUUCUUGCAGGAAGCUUCGACUGUGUGAAGUUGCUGAUUGCUGAGGGCGCUUCCCUGGAGGCGAACGACCUCUACCACGGGACCCCGCUGCAUGUAGCUUGUGCUAAUAACCACUUACACUGUGCGAAAGAGCUCCUCAAUGCUGGUGCCAGAGUGAACGCCGCCCGGCUGCACCAGACGGCACUGCACCACGCCGCAAAGAGCGCAAACGUGGAAUUGAUUGAGACCCUCGUGGAGUUCGGCGCCAACAUUUACGCCCGGGAUAGACACAAUAAGAAACCCGUCGACUGCGCCCCGCCGGGCUCACCAGUCGCAACCUGCCUGCGCUCUUAUGAGGCCAUGCCCAUGAGCCUGCAGCAACUCAGUAGGUUGGCACUGCGACAGAAGCUGGGCACCAGUGCGCUGAAGGUUGUAGCUCAACUCCAGAUUCCAAAGCUCAUUAUCAGCUACCUGUGCUAUCAGUGACUUGAAGCCUGAAGAGGAUUUCAAUGAUCGUUUCACCAAAUAAGAAAAAAAAAGACUUGCAAUCUCGAGGAAACUGCGUUAAUUCAACAGAUUCAUAUUCUAGUGAAACAAUGUCUUAAUAUAAUUUUUGAAAUUCACAUUCACCUUGGACUCUUUGUGAUGGAGAUUCUUUAAUUCCUGUUGACUUGAUAUUUAAAGAAGAAAUGCACUUAAGAUCGUAUUUAGCUACAUGAUUACAUGAAAAUGCAAAUUUUUUUAUCAUUUCAAAUUCAUGUUUGUUUUUCCACAAAUAAUACAAUGAUAAAGGAUAUUAGAAAAAUUUGUAAUGCACGUUUGUGCUGUGGCUUGUAAAUUCUCAAGGCCUUGUCAAGAGAAACAGCUGUGAGCCAGGUGCUUCUCUUUGUUUGGGACACUACUGUAUAAAUGUAUAGUUAGCAACCACGGGUCUAUUUAUACUCCCCAAAAAAUGAGAGCUAAUUUUAGCAAGGCGCACAGACAGAUGUUUAGAAAUUCUCCAAAGCGCCGCGCCCCCGUCUUAAUCGUUGUCCUUGUUGACAUGACCUCCUUCGGGGUGUUUCAUAACUGGUCCAUUUAGGCCACAAUUUAUCAUAGUGUUGAACUGCAAGACAAAUUCAGGACACAAGAUAUUUGCUGGCAUUUAGGUAAUGGCGCUGUCUUUAGCUCCUUCUGUUUCUCUUCAGUUUUAUCUUUUUAUUGUAGCUAGCAUGCCAAGUGGAUUUAGGCCUAUCUGUUUGAUUUUUUAAUAACUGUCAAGAUGCCCGAGGUAGUUGGGUUCAAGGCCUAUGAUUGUUUAAUAUUAGAAUAGAAUAUUGUCAUUGUACAGCAGGUAUACAAUUUUUUUUUCAAUUUA